AUGCAAGUAUGUGACUGGUCUCUUCCUAGGGUCAAGGACGACGAUCUGAGCCCUCCAAGAGCUCGCGGGAGGUCUCGGGUUGAUGAGGACCUCAGUCCGCCUCGGAGGAAUGUUUCGACUGAACGUGAAGCUGACUUGAGUCCUCCUCGACGAAGACAUGACAGCCCAGAUCUUAGCCCGCCACGUAAAAGGGGACAAGCCAUCGAAUCAGCCGACUUAAGCCCCCCGCGUCGAAGGAAUUCUCCUUCUCGGCGGGAAGAUUUGAGCCCACCCCGACGUAGAGCUCCGGUAGCCAAGGAAAACAACGACCAAAGUCCUCCGAGAAAGAGAGCAAGACAUGAUUCGGACUCAGAGGAUGAGACCAACAAGUCUGGACCGAUCAGCAGCAGAACGAGGCAUGAUUCCGACAGUGACGCAGGUUACGUCUCUGGAAAGGAGCUGACACAGGCUAUGUUGGAUAAGAAGAAGGAGCAAGAUUUACGCUUCAAGACCCUUGAUGAUGAAACAACUGGCAGGACAGCAGAAACGGUCUAUCGUGACAAGAAGGGGAAGAAGGUUGACCCAAGCAAGAUGACUGCACAAGAACGCGAAGAGUAUGAAUUGAAGAAUAUGGUCUGGGGAAAAGGAUUGGUGCAAAUGGAAGAGAGGAAAGCAUUGCAGGAUCGCAUUGAGGAAGAAAAGAACAAGCCGUUUGCACGAACAGUCGAAGACAAGGAGAUGAAUGAUGAGCUCAAGGCGGUCGAAAGAUGGGGAGAUCCUAUGGCAGGAAAGAUCAAAAAGUCGCAAAGUUCAAACAGGCCGAAGUAUCAGGGUCCAUAUCCACCCAACAGGUAUGGAAUUGCACCUGGUUAUCGUUGGGAUGGCGUCGAUCGCAGUAAUGGCUUCGAAAGGCAGCGCUUUGUCGAACAGGUCUGA